CACAUAGCCCAUAAAGUAAAUGAAAUGAAUAAUUUGGCAUUCACAACAGCGAGACUGUGACUGUGAGUGGGCCAUAGUUACCAUCUUCAUCUUCCUCUUCCUCUUCCUCAUCGACGAAUCUUCCGCCAUGGAAGCUUCUGUCAGACUCUUCAAUCCCUCCACCCUCACUCGCAAUCUCUCGUCUCCAAUCCUUCUCAGAAGACACCCUUUGAAUCUCACUCUUCGCCACACUUUGAUCUGUCCGUACAGUCGUCAAACCACUCUCCGACUAAACCCUAUUUGUUCCAAACCCAUUCAAUCUUCGUUCCCACGUUCAUCAAUCUCCAUUAACUCAAACCGGUUUGGGUUUUUCCAGUCUCUCUCUGUAUCACAGAAGUCUGAUUUUGCCGUCUCAAUCGACGAUUCAAACCCGGUCGUACCCAAUUCGGAGGACAAAUUGUUUGAUUCGAAUUCAGAUCUGAAGAGCGUGAAUGGUGAGAAAUUAGGGUUUUUUGGGGACAAAGGGCCUGCUGUGACGGUGGUGUUGCUGGGUUGGCUCGGAGCGGAGCCGAAACACUUGAAGAGGUACGCCGAACUGUACAAUUCGAGGGGCAUUAACACUACAAUAUUUGUUGUCUCGGUGAAGGAGACGCUCUCGUUCGAUUUGGGGAGGAGAUUGGAGGAAAGGGUUUCGGUGUUUUCGCAAGAGCUUGCUUCGUGGUUGUCGGAAUCGGAGAAGGAUGACCGAGAACGGUCCUUGCUCUUCCACACCUUCAGCAACACCGGUUGGAUUGCCUAUGGAGCCAUUAUUGACAAUUUGCAAGGCAGAGAAGACCUACUGAUGAAGAUCAAGGGAUGUGUUGUUGAUUCUGGAGGGGACCCCGAUUUAAAUCCUCAGGUCUGGGCAGCUGGAUUUACUGCUGCCUUGCUGAAAAAACGCAGCUCCUUAGCAAACCCUUCAACUGAGACAGGAGAAGGAAUAGAAGGUGGAGUGAGUUUAUCAAAGAUCCAACAAAAGGAACCUCCAUUAACUGAAACCUUGCUUCUGCUGGUACUUGAGAAAGUCUUCUCUAUUUUACUGAAUUUGCCUUAUGUGAAUCAGAGGUUGGGGAAGGUUAUCUCUACCCUCUGCAAGAACCAGCCUCCUUGUCCUCAGCUUUACCUCUAUAGUACAGCUGAUAUGGUCAUUCCAUCUCAUUCAAUAGAGUUGUUUAUUGAGGACCAAAGGAAGAUGGGAAGAAAAGUAGUGUCUUUCAACUUCGGCUCGUCGCCUCACGUAGACCAUUACAGGACUUUCACUACCAUUUAUACAUCAGAGCUUCAAAAUUUUCUGAAGAUGUGCUUGUCCGUGUUGAAGCAAAGGUAAACUCUGCAGAUUCAGAUUAUUUUUAUAGAAUUGUAUUAUUAUUAUUUUUUAUCUCCUGAAUUGCCAGUCGGCAAAAAUGGAACUCAUCGGUGCAAACUAAUUUGAACUUAAUUUGUUACCGAGUUGUUAUUGUAAUACUGUUUAUUGAGUUUCAAUAUUUAAUUCUUCGUCAAUGUUAAAAAUUUCAA